AUGGCUGCAGAGAUCUUCAACGAUCUGGCAGCACCCGUCGAGGCGAAGGAUGAGAGCGGAGAGUGGAAGGUGAUCUACCCUACGAAGUCUCUGAUGCUCCCUGGUCGCGCGCUGACUCUGCGGCUGAGAGAAGAGCCCACGGUGCUUGACAUCUGCGAGCGCGAAAAACAUGGCGUGCUGAAGGCCUCGGAAGACUUCGGACAACUGAGCCUCCGUGGGAAGCAGAUGGACGCGGAGGAGCGGAGAGCCACUGAGAGGGAAAAGGCGCGCAGAGAGGAUGCCUGGCAGCGCCAGCAAGCGCAGAUCGCCAGAGAGGCCAGGAGGUUACAGAACCUUUUUGCAGUGUCUGGGCUUGCACUCCUGCUACUCGUAGCCGUCAUUGGCCUGCUCCCCAUCUGUAUCCUCCUCGUGGCCUUGAGGCCCUCAGGGGGUGCCCUUCAGCCGCAUGCCCAAGCCGCGCUUGAGGCCGCGCUUGCUGUUUUCCUCUGCGGAGCACUGUGCUUCUUCGUCGGGCACUGGGGCCCAAAGCGUGCACGCAGCGACUUGGACCUUGGGGACUACGCCUGCUGCGCCAGGGCGGCCUUCAACUGUGAGGGGCUGUUGGUCCUCGCCGCCCUGGCCGUGAUGACGUGGCAGCAUGGUGCGGAGUUCUGGUGGACGUCCCUCAUCUUCUGGCCGGUGGCUGGCUGCGGCCUCUGCUGGUGGACCUACAACUGCGGCAAAGGCCUGGGAGCUUUCGGCGAGGAUGAGCUGGACCAAAACGGCCGUGUCGAGGUCCGGCUUGCGCAGGCCCGAGCUGGGGAUCAGGUGAAGAACCGGACCAUCCGCUUCGAGGGCCGUGUGAUUCCAGAACGAGGACGCCCCUGCGUGGCCUCCUGGCCAGGGAAGUACGAGGGCGCCUGGGAGGCCUUGGUUCGUCAAAGCCGGGCAGGGGAGGUGAGCGCCGCCGUUGUCUUCUUGCCGGACGGCACGGCAGACCACGGCUGCCACGACCCGAUCCCGAUGGCUGAAGGUCUUUCUCACGAUCCCGAUGCUUGCUGGUGCAUCCCUCUGUAUGGGGAGCCAAAGCCUUGGGGAUGCAGGUGGUGGACCCGCUGGCUUCGAAACGUGGAGAUGGCCGUGGAGAGCGGGGCAGAGUUGGAGGUUUAUUUCUUUGCAGGCCUGGCUGGCAGAGGAAAGGUGCAAAGCUUCGAUUCCGCCGGCCCGGAGCACCUUCGCAGAGAGGAGAUCUAUGGCAAGCUCAGGGAGUUCAAGGAGUCUCCGCAGUUCGAAGCAGCCUCGGCCGCGGGCCUCGACGGCCUCUCCCGCGAGCAUCGCGAAGACAGCAGCUCCCGGCACAGCCGGGAGCUGCACCGCCUCUUCCUUGCCUGGCUCCCGAAAGAAGAGGCCGAGUUCCUGGAAGCCUCCGAAGGCCUCGGAAACUCCCAGAAAGCUGAAGUGGCCUGGCUGGAUCGCAAGGGCUAUCAGUACCGGGUUGUGGACGUUUCCAUGUGGCUUUCUGAUGCCGAUGCCGCCGUCGAGGUCCAGGAGCCACACAGUGCAGUUGAUGACAUUUCAACACCACGGAUGCGCAUUCCCCAUGAGGUGCCGGCUGACAUCCAAAGCCUAGAUCCCUAG